UACAACUAGUUGUGUGGUCAAGAAACAUGGUUGUCUUCAACACGACACAAGCAUGGUGUGUUGGAGUUCCAGGUGAGAUUAGAACGUAAACGCUGUCUACACAAAGUGAGGGUUGUUGUGAUGGGAAGAACAUGACAGCUUAGGUGGCUUACUUUGGAGGAGAGACACCCGAUCAUUGUACAUAUUGUUAUCCAUGGGUGUGUGUGCCGCACCCGCGCUUAUAUUGGCAUUAGUGAGGGGUGAGAGGUUGUGGUGGGUUGCAGCACGGCAGCCGCUGCAAUGAGGAGAGCAUGGUUGCAGAGAGAGUAGGUAUAAGCGAUUCUGGAGGCAUUCUGAACAGGCAGCGAAGGGAUCCAGCGAGCGAGGGUAUCUGGUCUAGUGGUAUGAUUCUUGCUUAGGGUGCAAGAGGUCGGGAGUUCGAUUCUCCCGAUACCCCGUCAAGGAGUUUUCUUCUUGCUUCCCACCACGACGCUCUUUUGCACGACCUGCCUCUCAUGCACCCCACCCGCUGCUGCCCGAGUUGUGCACCACUCCCCUGCUCAUCGUGGAGCACAAUUCCCUUCCACCGCGCAUCUCUUUUCCAAGCUGCUCAAUCGCCGCACCCACAGCUCCUGUCGCGCAUUAUGUCAUCUUCCGCGACCGGGCUCCUGCUUGACCUCCAAUCUUGUUGCCUCCUGCAGCAGCUGCUGCUGCACACAACACAUACGCGCGCACAUUCUGCGUGCGCGGAACCCACAAUAUUGCAUGGGAACCAGCACCUCGACUGCACUCAAGGUCACUGGAUGGACACUUUGCUGCUGUGCUCCUCCUCCAUCCACAAGGACGUGUUGCAGUGCGGACGAGCACGUGUUCUCCACCCUCUGCGAAGUCAGCAGUGUCGAAGUCACUUCCUAGUUCAGACCUCGCUCAGCGACUUCCUUUGUUCACCAUCGCGGAGCUGGUGUUUGGAUUCUCCGAUUCUUGCAUGUCCGGGUGUCCGAACGUGGCCCUUGAGCACGUCCGGUGUCCAUCCCGGCGACGUUGUUUCCUGUUGGAGCAUCCGAGCUGCCGACCCAGCUUUCUUCAUUUUGGAGGAGCAGCGCGCAAGGAGCACACAAUGGAUAGGAUAUGAAGGAUGCCUUGUUGCCCGGUCGGGCCACUGAGUCCAGGCCUGGCCGUUGUGCCUCAAUUGUCCCCCUCCCGGCUUCAUCGUCAGUCGCUGUCCGCUCCGCAAUGCCUCGGUUAGCAAAGACUUUCCGAGCAUGAGUGAGCAAUUAGUCCGGAGCCUCGUUUCGAGGUUAUGUUGUCCUGGCGCUCUACGAUAACCGCGGCUGUCGACCCUGCCGCACUCCUCGAUUUUGAUCGCGCUCGCUGCAGUCAGCGUCGUUAGCUCUGUUGUUUGGGGCUGUUUAGGGAUUAUCUGAGGUUGCGGUUGCUGCGCGUGGUCUCCGAUUCGGUCUCAAUUGUGGAGUGUGCUUCACUUUGUCGUGCUUGACUUGCUGGCGGCGGUGCCCCAGAGUUCUUUUUCCGGGGAUUCUCCUUGCGAGGGAUUUUGUGACGCCCAUGGCAAUGGCGUUGGUGAGAUGAUUGAGACUGAGUCUCAAGCUGCGUGAAUAGGCUUUUCCAGUAAGAAAGGAGGAGAUCGUCGUUUGAGGGGUUCGCUGGCGAGGGAGGCGUUGUUGCGCUGGUGUCCGCUCAACUUCAGUGCGGGUGCGACCUGGAUCACAAGUCUCCGAGGCACGUCAGUGCAGACUCCUGAUUCAUGCUGUCCGCAAGGGAUGGAGUUUCUUCUUCUGUGUUUAAUUCGUCUCAACCUGUUCAUCGCCAUGAGUCUGCGAAUCCUUGGUCCUUGCCCUUGCAAGCCAACGCCGAUGUUACGGCGAUGCGAAUCACAUGUUGCGACUUAUUUGCGAAUCACAUGUUGCGACUUAUUUGCGAAUCGACGAUGCACGAUGCAUCUCAUGGGAGACAAUUUGCAUGUGAUGACGCCAGUCUGAUUGAAUGCUCGGAAUCACUUCUUGUUGAAUGGUGGAUGCCGGCGCGGCAGAGGAAUGAACCGAGUGGAUUGCCGAUCCAGAAACUGAUCGUGUUGGAAGUCGAGCAAUGCAAUGAGAUGCCGCCAAUUCCUCACAUGCGAACUUUCCGAUCAUGUCGGGAGCACGCUUGGAAUACCACGGGCUGUGUUCACAGCGGUGCAGGUAGUGGUUGUCAGCACCAGAUCGCCUUAUCCACGGUUUUCAAUCCCGAGACGGAGCCGGGUAUCAUGGUCGUUCCAGGUUAUGUUUGGAAGGGGCGAGCUUUCGAAGUGGAGGAAGUAAACUUUUUUGUCGGCAACACGAGUUGCCGAAGAACUCAGGGAGGUGGAACUUCGAUUCACGAUCCUGGCAGUGGUUGCCUGAUUGUUUGGGUUCCGAAUGCCUGUGACGUGAUCGUAACAUGCACUCCUCGGUCUUGUGCUUGCUGCAUUGUUAGACACCUUCCUAUCUCCCUAUCUCAGUUGUUUUCUUUGUCGCCCGUGCAAGCCGUGGAAUCUGGCAAGUUUGGAUCUGUGGUGGUAUCGGCAGAGAAGUUUUGCUGGUAGAUUCAUGGUUGCAGCGACUGCUGCUGGUUUGUUGUUAGUGUUGUUAUUAGAUAUUCUUUAUGACUCUAAUACUCUUGAUAUUUGUUGAGAUCAUUAAAUGUAGCUGGUGCUUUCCAUAAUAUUUACUGUAGACUACAAUAAAUACCAUAGCUACAAUAUUUAGAGUCUAGUGGAGAAGUACUGUUUAUCCUCUCUUUUUUCUCUUCUU